AUGGCAGAUAAAAGUGCAACUCGUUCUCGAAGAACCGGUGGCGUUCGAUUCUCCAAUGAUACAACAGACUCGUCUGACGAUCACGAAGAACAUCCAUCUAGAAAUGAAUUCGAUUGGGAAGAAAAUUGUGCGAAUGAAUGUUCGUUUGAUUUAUAUUUCGGCAUUUUAAAACUUUCUCAUAUCUACUCAAUGGCCUUCCAUACCACUUUUCGUGACAAUCCAGUCGAAUUAGAAUCGAUUGUUGAUCAUCACGAUGCUCGUGGCUUACAAUUAACUGUGAACAAAUACGAAAAUUCUCAUUCAGAUCGUCGAAUCAGUUACGAAGUUGAACUUGUGAUCAAUGCUGAUACAAUUCCUGGUCCAUUCCACCGAACUUUUUUAUUGAGAGAAGUUUCUCAAAAGAGAUCAGUAAAGGUCAACGUGAAAGGAAAAAUCCUACGUGAAAAUCAAGGCACGGCGAUAUUGAGGCACGGACGCGAACGAGUCUAUUUUUCUAAAACAAUAUGCGCAGGCGAUGGAAGAUUUUCUCAUCCAGCUGUUCACAUUCCCAUAAGAUGGCUUUUAUUAUCAUUCGAUUUUGUAAUCGAACGAUCAGUUUAUAUCGAUCGUAAACUUCAAUUAUUUUAG